AUGAGCUUAACAAAGCCGAUAAAAGAAUACAAAUUGAUUUUGCUAUAAAAUAGUCUUUAUAAAAAGAAGUUUGAAUAUAAAAAUAAGGAUAAAUUUUUGAAGAUUCUAAGAAUUUCCAUAUCAGAUGAGUAAAUAGUAAAAAUCACUAACUUUGAGAUUGAUAACUUAAAUACAUUAGAAAUACCAGCUGAAUGUAAAUAAUGAAUGAUUUAAAUUUUAGCAUCAAUAACAAUUCAUAUCACAUUGUAAGCAUCUAAGAAUGCAAAUGUAUACAUGAAAUUUAUUAGAUAUGACACAGAUUAAAUAGAAGAGGAAUUACUUUUUAAGAUUGAAUUAAAAUGA